AUGGCCACCGGCGCAUUAUCGGAGGCCACGUUCGCACAGUCACUAGCCCAUCCUUCACCAGCCACGCCGGCACCACGCUAUCCAGGCUGGGUAACGGAAGUAGUUGCUCCGCUCUCCGGCUUCAUUGACGAAGCCUUAGACCCACGAACACUGUUCGGCGAUCUACGAGAGAUUGGAGAAGGCGAGAGCGGAAGCGUGUAUGCCGCACGGCUUCUGACACCUUCUGGGAGCCAAAGAAGCGACGACGCGCACUCAUCGGACGUAGAGUUUGUCGCCAUCAAGAAUGUACCGCUGGUUCCGAAUGGCUCGCCCAAGUUGGUCGAUCUUCAGCGGGAACUCAGCCUCAUGCGCCGAGUGCGUCAUCAGAACGUGUUGAGCAUGGAAGGAGUGUUUGUGGACAUCGUCGAGGACGCGCUCUGGAUCAGAAUGGAGCUUAUGGAGCGCAGCUUGGCGGACGUACUCUUGCUUGUUGACGAGGGUAUCGUGAUAGAGGAAAAGCCGAUUGCUUUGCUCGUGAGCGAUGUGCUGCAUGGAUUAAGUUAUUUGCAGAGGCUCGGUAUAGCCCAUCGUGAUUUGAGGUCCGACAACCUCCUAGUCAACACUGAUUUUUCAAGCGCUGUGCGAGUCUCGAAGGAGGAGCCGUCACGAUCUGACAAUGUCGGUGUGAUCUAUUGGCAGGCACCUGAGGUCAGAACUCCUCCGUACAACGCGCUGAAGGUCGAUGUCUGGUCGUUGGGUGCGACCGUCUGGGAGAUGGCACAGGCAGAGCCUCCAUUCUCCGAUAUCGACGACCCGCGGCUGAUUCCUCAUCGAUGGCCCUCGCUUCACCAAGCCGAAAUAUAUUCACGAUCUUUCCACGAUUUCUUGCAUCUCUGCUCACAACCUAGUUCAUUACGACCAGACCCGAACGAGUUGUUGAAGACUCCAUUUAUCCGCAAUGCCAGUGGCAGGCCAACGAUCCUCAAGAUAUUGUCUGAAUGCAGAGCGAUGAGGACCGUGCGCUCAAAUGGGACAGUAUCGGUGUCAUAA